AUGAUAAGAUAUGGUGAUGAGAUCUUGGCUUCUCCAUACCAAAAAUGGUUGAAGGAGAUUCGGCCAGCAAGGAAAAGAUUCUUGGAGAGAUGGCUUGUCUCUGCUUUUGGAUUCACUCAUCACAGAAGUUGUAUACACAAGUUUCCGACAGCUGAAGACAUUGACAAGAUCAUAUCUGCUGAGAUUCUAGAUAAGGAACUAGACCCUGAAUACUUUAAAGCAGUGGAAAAGCACAUGAUGCAUGGUCCAUGUGGUUUAGCGAGAAAAGAUUCACCGUGUAUGGAGAAUGGAAAAUGUGUACGUCAUUUCCCUAAGUGUUUUGUCGAUUGUACAACUAUUGAUGAUGAUGGGUAUCCAGUAUAUAGGCAUAAGGAAGAUGGAAGAACUAUCAACAAGUAUGGGGUUGACUUUGAUAGCCGUUAUGUGGUUCCACACAACAGACUACUACUUAUGAGAUAUGGUGCACAUAUAAAUGUGGAGUGGUGCAAUCAAUCAGGAUCAAUAAAGUAUUUGUUCAAAUACGUGAACAAAGGUCAUGAUCGCGUAACUGCUUCCUUCUAUAGAAGUGUCACAGCGGAUGCUGAGUUAGAUGAAUAUGAUGAGGUGAGUAUGUAUUACGAUUUGAUAUUCAAAGACCACAAAAAUCUGGAGGAUGUUGUUAGAAAAGCAUUAGUGAAGGAAUCUAUGUUUUUAGGAUGGUUUCAAGCAAACAAGGAUUAUGCAGAAGCAAGGGCACUGACCUAUGCUGAACUACCAACUAAAUUCAUAUGGAAGCCAGAUGAGAGGGUUUGGUUGCCUAGAAAAUCACACUUUGUUAUCGGAAGGAUUUUCUAUGUACCUCCAGGAUUCGGUGAAAGUUAUUAUAUGCAGCUAUUGCUCAAUUUCGUAAGAGGGCUAACUUCUUAUGAGGACAUUCGUACUAUAGAUGGUGUUUUAUAUUCUACUUUCAAAGAUGCAUGUUACGCAUGUGGCCUCUUAGAUGACGAUAAGGAAUAUAUUGAUGCAAUAAUGGAAGUAAGCCACUGGGGAUCGGGUACAUACUUGAGGAAGCUGUUUGCAAUGGUGUUGUUUUCAAAUUCAAUGGAUACACCAGAAUACGUAUGGCAGAAGACAUGGCAUCUGUUAUCCGAUGAUAUACUUCAUAGGCAGUGGAGGCUGCUUGACAAUCCAGAUUUAUUCCUUUACGAUGAUGAACUGAAGGAGUUGACGUUGAUAGAAAUUGAGAGAACACUUAACUUAUACAAUAAGAGUCUGUCGGAUUUCUCUCCGAUGCCAGUCCCAGAUAUAAGCCAACUGAAUAGUCAACUAUAUGCUGAUGGAAUGAACAGGUUAAUUUCUGAUGAGCUCCACUAUGAUAAAAGAUAG